UGGCAGCUCGGUGUCAGGUGAUCGGCGCCGAGGAGCCGCCGCCCGGAGAGGAAAAUGCAAGAUGGCCCGGCGGGGCCGUGAGGGGCUCCGCGGCGCCCCCUCCCCGCCCGCGCCCCCCGCCGCCGCCGCCCCGGCGCGUAGGGCCGGCGGGAAGCGCUGAGGCCAGCGCCGCGGCGCCGCAGCGCGUCCCCGCGGGGGCUCCGAGCCAUGGGGCUCUGCUACAGCCUGCGUCCGCGGCUCUUCGGCGACGCCGGCGGCGGCGGCUCCCUCUCCGGCGCCGCCGCCGAGCCCGAGCCGCCCGCGGAGCCGCCUGCCGCCGCCCCGCCGCCGCAGCCCCCGGGCGCCCCGCGGGGCGGCGGCGGCGAGGGCGCGCUCUUGCGCCCCGGCGGCAAGCCCGGCGGCGAGGCGGACGGGCCGCCGCUGCUGCUGCAGAACGGCGGCGGCGGCAGCGGGGCGGCCCCCGAGCGGCCGGCGCUGCCCAAGCCCGGCGGCCCCGGCGGCGGGAAGGCGGCGCGGCAGCCGGCGCCGCAGCAGCCGCCGGCGCUGCAGAGACCCUGGGAGAAGCUGCGGCUGGAGGAGCGGGAGGCGGAGAAGGAGGCGAGGAAAGUCAGCAAGAGCAUCGACCGGGCGCUUAAGGAGCAGAAGCGGGAGUACAAGCAGACGCACCGCCUGCUGCUGCUGGGGGCUGGUGAGUCAGGAAAAAGCACUAUUGUGAAACAAAUGAGAAUCCUACAUGUCAAUGGAUUCAAUUCAGAAGAAAAGAAACAGAAAAUACUGGAUAUUCGGAAAAAUGUUAAAGAUGCGAUUGUGACUAUAGUUUCAGCUAUGAGCACUUUAAUACCCCCAGUUCCAUUGGCCAAUCCAGAAAACCAAUUUCGAAUGGACUACAUCAAGAGUAUAGCUCCUCUUUCUGACUUUGACUAUACACAGGAGUUCUUUGAACACGCAAAAAAACUCUGGGAUGAUGAAGGCGUAAAGGCAUGCUUUGAGAGGUCAAACGAGUAUCAACUGAUUGACUGCGCACAGUACUUUUUAGAACGAAUUGACAGCGUCAGCAUGGAUGACUACACACCUACAGAUCAGGACCUAUUAAGAUGCAGAGUUUUGACAUCAGGGAUUUUUGAAACAAGAUUUCAAGUAGAUAAAGUAAAUUUCCACAUGUUUGAUGUAGGUGGCCAGAGAGAUGAGAGGAGAAAAUGGAUCCAAUGCUUUAAUGAUGUCACAGCUAUAAUCUUUGUUGUGGCUUGUAGCAGCUACAACAUGGUGAUAAGGGAAGACAAUAACACAAACAGACUACGGGAAUCCCUGGACCUUUUCAAAAGUAUCUGGAAUAACAGGUGGUUACGGACCAUUUCUAUCAUUUUGUUCUUGAAUAAACAGGACAUGCUAGCUGAAAAAGUCUUGGCAGGGAAAUCAAAAAUUGAAGAUUACUUUCCUGAAUAUGCGCAUUAUACUGUACCUGAGGAUGCAACACCAGAUGCAGGAGAAGACCCCAAAGUCACAAGAGCCAAGUUCUUCAUCCGGGAUGAGUUUUUAAGGAUAAGUACGGCGAGUGGCGACGGCAGACAUUAUUGCUACCCACACUUUACAUGUGCAGUGGACACAGAAAAUAUCCGUAGAGUGUUCAACGACUGUCGAGACAUCAUUCAGCGAAUGCAUCUUCGCCAGUAUGAACUCUUGUGAGGGGGAUCACCGUGGAACCUGUGGUUUUAAAUUCUUUGCUCCUUUCUCUCUCUCUUGAUACUACCCCACACAGGGUGGAAGAAUAUACUAUAGAAAUGUCAGUCUCUUCACUUUGUUUACUUUAAUUAUUUAACCUUAAAGCUGAUUUGAAGCAAGUCUGAGUUCUUUUCCUUCAUGCUUUCUGGGACUAUUUUUGUGCUUUAUUUUGACAUGCCACUUCUUCGUCAUUCCACUAAGCCCUUUGGCUACCUCUGUUCCCUUAGGUUUUGUUUUUUAACUGAACAUAACCUGCUAAAUUUUUUCCAGCAGGUUAAUGUUAGUUCAAACUGGUAUGUCAGCUGGAUGACACUAAAGUCAUUCCUAUCCCUCUGUGUGGGUUUCCUUUUUAACAUGACAUUGAAGAGUACUUGAUGGGUGAAAAAGAUUAAUGCACUUUGUAUCAGGUUAUUAAAUACUGUUGAGGAAGUAGACACACAAUGUAGCAGCACCACAAUAUUUAUUACUCUGUCACAGUUUUUAGCAUUUCUGAGUUGCAGGUCAACUGAUAAAGUGACCUCCUCUUUUAAGUCGUUACUGGCACAGGAAGUAGAGUAGAUAAUGAGAGGAACAGUGAAGACAAAGCAAUUUUUCUGGGGUUUUGGAGCUAAGUGUCUCUGCACACCUCAGGCAUUUGAAUUACAGCUACUUUUCAGCCUGUUGCAUCUAGGCAGAAAAUUUACCACCCUCACUUAGGUUAUUUGUGCUGUCCACAAAUGAUCCUUUUAGUUCAGAUCAUUCUUGGACAACAGUCCUCUCCCUAUAUAUAUUUUUUUGUUUUACUGCUGGUUUAUUAUAUUGUACAGACUGUAAAAUGUAAUAUUAUUUUGUACAACUUUAUUGAAGAAAAAUACUUGUAGAAGAUCUUUGUGCCUUGAUUAUGGCUGUACCUGUAAAAUGAGCUAAGAUGUAAGUAUGUUUUUGAUUGCGCUGUACAGCUUGAUGUCAACCUUACCUGCAGCAGUGACUGAAGGUAAGAACUUUAUCUGUAGAGUUUAGGGGUUUUUUUCUGGUUUAUAUAAAAAUGCUCUUUAGUAUAAAAAUUAUAAAUUAUGCAAAUUAACCACUUACCUUUCCAAGUAAGGUAUUACAGUCACCGGAUGUUGCAGCAAACAUGCCUUUCUCUUUUGAAGUCUCAGCUUUAAAACAUUGGAAUUCAUUCAAGUGUCCAAAUCGCAACCUGGUGUUGUUUUAAUGGGAACCAAGGAUCUUUUUUCUUUAUAUUUAGAAAAUAUGUUUGGUAAUUCUUUGGUCAUUCAUAGAACUUCACAAUUGCACAGACCGAUUGUGAAUGUGUAAAGCACCAUUAUAUAGAGCUCUUCAAUCUUUGUACCAACAGCGGCUUUCAUUGUGCAAGUAAAUAGCAAGAAAGAAGAAAAAAGAAAAAAGGUGUAUAAACCCUUGUGUCUGGCCUAAGAGAAUUACAAGAUGACAUUUUUAUUUCUCUUUUAAUAAAGAGACACAUUAGAAAAUUGUUUUAUUUUAAAUAUUGUAGAAUCAAAAUGUGUGAAUAUUUCUCAAACUUGAAUAAUUUAUGCAAAUGACAUUCUCAAAAAAAGUUGUGGUACAGUACAAUAUAUAAAAAGCAAGAAUUGCUGUAGCAAUAAGGCAUGUCCUUUUUAGUAACUAUAACACUGCUUUAUAUUUUAUACAUAGGUGUUUUAUGUCUGUGACUAUAUACUUUUCCUGUGUCCAAGAUAACCUGUACAAAUGUCUAAAAUUACAGUUGCAAUAACAGAAACCUAGAGAAGUGUUAGACUACAUUACUUUAUAGAAUGUUUUACCACACUUUGGAACAUCUCCACACUUCAUUUUAAAUUUAGGGAGAGAUUAAGAUCUAACACAUUCCCAAUAAUGCCAUAUAAAUCAGUGGGUUUGACUACCUUCUUACUGUAAGCAUUGUUGUUAUUUAUAAACCCUGAUCGGUCAUCUUUUAAAUUCAGACUAAAAAUUCAGUACUUGUUUCUAUGUGAUGAUAAAUAAUCCCAUUUUAGAUACUAUAAUAUGACCAUUUCCUUUUCUCAGAAAUGUGUGUAUUUUGAUAUUUCUAUUUUCAAUUCAGUCAGUCAUCAGAUAUUUCCCAGAAAGUGAAAGGCUAGGUGGAAUAAGGUAGUAAUAAAUGAAAUUCACAAAUGCAAAGGUUCUCUCACUUCCCAUGCCAAGAAAAGUAACCCCCCCCCUUCUCCCCCAAAGAAUCAUGAAAUAAAGUCUUUUCUUUAAAAACUACCCACUAGCCCAGGAGUCAAGGUUAGAGUCCCCAACUUCCGCAGGAAUGUCAGAAGAAAAUUUGUCCUGGGUGUGGAAUCAACCCUCUGUUUUUUCUUGGGUAGGUGGGGAGAAGAGGCAGGUUUGUCACAGCUUCCCUUAGACUUAGCAAGGAAAGACACUGAGCUCAGACCUUUAUGUUCUAGUGGCUGCCAUCCAGUUGGAGCCCCAUGGCCCAGCUCUGAGGUGCACUGCGUCACUGCUGGCAGCCUCCACCCUCCUCACCUAAACGCUAGUGCAGUUCAAAAAGUGACUCUACAAUAAAGUUAACAAAACUUGGCGACCCUGCAGGAUUCCAAAAUAACGCACCUUCCUGUCCCUUUGCUGUAGGCCGAGGGCCAAGGCAUAGGAUGAUGUUACUGCAGCUGUAUUUGACCUUCCUUCUUGCAGAAGAUCAGCAACUGGAGGGCCCCUCACCACACAGAUCUCUGGGAUGCAAUAGGGCCCUCUUUUUUAAGCUCAUCAUAGCACAUCUUUUUAAAAAUAGCAGCUUGAGGUGUCACCCUACUUUUUUUUUUUAAGCAGGUUUCAAGUGUGUUUCAGCAAACUGGAUCCACAAGGCUUCUUCCUGUUGUUGUCUGGUAGACAGUAACUGCAAAUUGUAUUCAGCUAACAAUUUAGUAUGUCAGGAACUGGAAGAUUUCUUGUCCCAAACUACAGUCCCUUACAUAUGACAUUCUAAAAAGAUUUUAAAAAUCUGCAUCUCAGUGCUGAUGCAUCUAGCUUCUGCCUGACCCUAACAAACAGAAGUAUGACAUUAGAAGGGCCAUGCAGCAAUAAAACGGAGAAACGUUUCCAGUUUGCGAGACUGAGCCUCCACCAGGGUAAGACACUAGUGCAGAUAAGUGAUGAGGCUAUAGGAUUUACAUAAUGUACAGUUAAACUUUUAAUAUACAUAUUUGAUACAAAAAUUAUAGAAGGAAAAGGACUCAUUUGAUUGUAGAAUACAGUAUUUUUGUACAGCAUGAAACAUUCAUUUCAGUUAUUUAUCCUGUAGUAGUCAUAUCAGCUGUAUAGGACUUCUAUGGUAUGUGUAAAUGCAACCUGCCUUCAGACUAGCAAUCAAAUUAGGUCAUUUGCUGGCAUGAAUAUAGUCUGAUGUUUGACUGUUCUCAGCUUUGGUAUUUCAGUGACUGAAUGCAGAUGUCUGGCUCUUCAUACUGCUUUAUGCUUACUGAUUAAACGCUGAGCAAAAUAAAAUGGUGGAGUGAGAAGCUGAAAAUGAGCUAGUAUCAGGAUUACAAGCAGAGCACCUGCUGCACAGUAUAUAGUAAAGACUCUGCUCUCGUACGGAAGGAAGCAUUUUCGGAGGGAGAAAUCAGUUGGUGUUAUGCUACCCUGGAAAAGAAAUGAAGACUGUCACUUUGCUGUUACAGUGGUUCUAAAUCAGAAGUAACACCAUGGCUGUCAGAUCUCCGAUUUCUACACUUUGUAUUGGGUGGCAAGGGUUGGGGCCAGUUUCCUAGUACCAGUGCCUUCUCCAGGGGGCUGGCGAGUCAGUCCAUACCUUAUGGUGCUGGGCACUAACUGGAAUAUUCACCAGGCUAACGUUAGCCCAGAGGCCAAUCUUCCCUCUACUCCAUCUAGAGUCAAUAGAGAGCUGGGCUCCUCAUCCGAUCUGCCUUCAAGAGAAGCCUAACUUUAGCUGCUGUAAAUCAACCUGGAAGGAGCCUUGCUAGGCUAAAGUUAGGUUUUGUGAAUGUGCCCCUUCCUCCUCUCCAAGCCCUCCUUCUACCCAGUCCAUGCUGCAAAAACCUUGUUGGCUAAUCCAAAUUAUUAACAUGAGCUGAAACAGUAACAUAAGAGACCUUAAUUUGGUUUUGGUUUGAAUUCGUAAUUCAAAUUAAAGUUUACAAAAGACUGAGGCUGAUUUAAAAUGGUAGUAAAGACGAUGCAACGGUAAUUAGCCAACCUGUUUUGCAGUGAAGAUGCACUGUCUGGCAUGUGCAGAGAGCAUAUGUAGUUUGAGGGCAGCUACUCUCAGGAAUACGGAAUAAACAGAACUACUUUUAACAUGAAAUAUUAACAGUAGGAUAAAAUAAAUUUAAAAUUUUGGGGUUACCUGUGUAAUAAACAGCGUAUACCCAACAACAGUAAAAUACAUUAAAGAUUUUUGCCCCAAGUCACAGAUUAGUCUGUAAACAGGAUGAUAGGUUUUGCUUCUUUCUCCAGGUUUUUAAGAGUUCUGUUUUAUUUUUGAACUGGGGAACUAAUUGAUUUACCUCUAAGGAUAUACAGAGCACUGGGACUAUCUGUGAGAGCAAAACCAACACACUGCAUAAAAUGUGAAUUGGAAAUGAGGAGGCAAACUAUUGGCAUGUGACAAACGUUUUCACUGUGUGAAGUGGUUAAUGCACAAGUUUGAAAACCAUGAUCACCAUGCAGAAGUUGAGGUGGAUAUGGUCUUGUUUUCAUAGUUGGUAAAUCAACCGAGCAAAACUAGUCUUUCUACUGCUCAGUGCACAAUACUGAUUAUUUUACAAGUCAAUAGUUUACAAUGCACCCUCUUUAUAAGAAAAUGUUAGAUGCUUGUACCCAUAUACUAACUAGAUCUUUAACAGCAUUGCUUUGUACCACACAGAUCAUGUGGCUCCCACAGAUGUAUUUUAUAAAGUGGAUGCAGUGUACUGAGUGGGUUGGGUGGGUAGGCAAUUUUUUUAUUUUUAUUUUUUGUUUUUACAGGUAGAAUCAGUUUUAAAAUAUAGCUGACUGCCAUGUUGAUUUAUUUAUGAAAGUUAUCUGACAAAAAUAAAAAAAUUAAAACUUA